CUAAAACUCACUCUUUGCUCCUUUGGCAAAGUCCGGGUUAAUGCUUAAUCUGAGCGCAGGCCCUUAAUUGUUGAGGCCAAGCCUGGUUUAUGGGUGGGAGGUUACUUCGAUGUGAACAAACCAGAGGCACACAGGCUCUUCACACUCAUCUCUCGCUGGUCAUGCAACAGGACCUCCUAGGACCGACCAUCGGUAGAAGCCAGCAUGUCUAAAGCAACCGCCGCGUCCAAGGCUCUGGCCGCCGCCUUUGUCGUCCUGACCGGCUCGGUCAUCGCCGGCAUCAUCACCAUGGUCAUUUUUUACAAGACGGAGAUCUCGCCGAUGAACCCGACGCCCCGUCCGACAACGCCGCCCACCACCACCAGUCUGCCGCCCGUCUUCCGGUUGCCGAGGGACCUGAUACCCCAAAGCUACGAGAUCUUCCUUCAGCCUGACUUCUACACCAAAAUCAUCGAGGUGGUGAACGUCACCAGUCCCAAUCAGACCAUGCUCUUCACAGGGAACUCCACCGUCAGUUUCCAUUGCGUCCAGGGCACCAGGGCCAUCUACCUCCACAGCGAUGGCCUGGCCAUUUCUGAACCGGUAGUGGUGAACAAAAACAACAGCAAGAAGGUCGCCGUGUCUUCGACGAAGAACCACGAAUACCCAAGCAACUUCCUGGAGAUCCAGUUGGAUGAGGCGUUAGAGCAAGGGGUGACCUACAGUCUGUUUCUGGCUUUCGAGGGACACAUCAGACAAAGUCCUUAUGCAAUGUUUGCAAGCAAGUACGCCGAAGGCGCCCCAGCUUACGAAGGCGAUCAAGACGGAGAAAGAUUCCUCGUCGCCACCAUCUUGGAGCCAACCUACGCCAGGAAAGUCUUUCCUUGUUUCGACGAGCCCGACCUGAAAGCCGUGUUUCACGUGACGAUCGUCCACAGGAGCGAGACGCAAGCUCUGGGAAAUGCAGAAGUCAAAGAAUCCAACGGCAUCGACGACGACUGGAAGGUGACUUACUUUCAUCCGACGCCCAAGAUGUCAACGUACCUGUUCGCCUUCGUGGUGUCAGAGUUCACGUCUACCGAGCCCUCAGCACCCAGCGACCGCGUGGGAAUCGAAACGUAUGCACGUCCCAACGCCACCAGGGCAGGUCACGCUCAGUAUGCCACCGACGUCGCCGCGAAGAUCCUCCAGUUCUACGAGAGCCACUUUGAAAUUAACUACCAACAGCAAAAGCUGACUCAAAUCGCACUGCCAGACUUAAGAGCUGAAGCGAUGGAAAAUUGGGGACUGGUCACGUACAAGGAGGGACGCCUGCUCUAUGAGGAGGGAGCGUCCUCGCCGUUGCACAAGGAGGACAUUGCCUCCAUCAUUGCACAUGAACUGGCACACCAGUGGUUUGGGAAUCUGGUGACGAUGAAAUGGUGGAAUGACAUCUGGCUGAACGAGGGCUUCGCCACGUACUUCUCAAUCUUUGCAGUGGACCAAGUGGAGCCUUCGUUCCAAUUGAAAGAAUGGCAUAUCAUGAGCAACCUCCACAGGGCGUUCGAGGACGACGCUCUGGCCUCGUCCCACCCGCUCAGUCCUCCGCUGGAAGACGUCCAGUGGCCUGCUGAGAUCGAAGGGAUGUUCGAUUCCAUAACCUACUUUAAGGGAGCCGCGGUGCUCAGGAUGCUGGCGGACAUCGUGUCGGAAGGAACUUUCACCAAAGGAAUCAAAAUGUACCUCUCAGACUUUAAGUACGGAAGCGCAGACCAGGACGACCUCUGGGGGCACAUUCAAAAGGCCGUUGAUCAGGACGGUGGUCGCACCGACGUUGCCAAGGUGAUGAACACCUGGACGAAACAAAUUGGCUAUCCCGUCAUCACCAUCAACACAACCAAUGGAGAAAUCUACCAGAAGCACUUCCUGUUCAACGACACUUAUGAAUCUAAUCUUUGGUGGGAGCUCCCGAUCAGAGUCAUGUCAAAUGCACCCAAAUCUUCUCCCAUCUGGUUAAGGUCCAACAAUAAAGUACAGAAAGACGAAUUCAUCUCUAAGAAGGGAGAGUGGAUCCUGGCAAACGUCAACUGUACGGGAUACUUCAGAGUCAAUUACAACUCGGAAAACUGGGAACGUCUCCUGACUCAGCUGGAGACAGACCCUGAUAAAAUCCCACUGAUGAACCGAGGGCAGCUUGUUGAUGACGCGUUUAACUUAGCAAGGGCCGAACUCGUCGACGUGACCCUGGCCCUCAACUCGACGCGCUUCCUUCGGGACGAGAGAGACUUUCUUCCCUGGAAGUUGGCGGCCAAGAACCUGGAGUACUUUGUGCUCAUGUUCGACCGCUCCGAGGUCAACGGACCCAUGCAGGCGUACCUCCGCCAACAGGUCAAGGGCCUGUACGACUUCUUCCGCAACUACACAGACAGUUCCACAGUCCCGGAGAAUCACUCAUUACAGCACACCCAGAUCCUCGCCAUAGAGGUGGCGUGUUCCAACGGACUCCCAGAAUGCGUGGAGAUGGCAACAGGCAUGUUUGCCAACUGGAUGGCGAGCAACGGCACUAACCACAUCCCCCCCAUCCUGCGCUCUGUGAUCUACUGCCAAGCCCUGGCCGCCGGCGGGAGGGAAGAGUGGGACUUUGCCUGGGACAAGUUUCAGAGCUCCACCGACACCGCGGAGAGGGACCAGCUCGGCCAGGCUCUGGCCUGCACCAAGAAGAUCUGGCUGCUCAACAGAUACCUGGAGUACACUUUGGACCCUGAGAAGAUUCGUCGGAUGGAUGUUGGUCCCACCAUCAGCUCCAUAGCCAGGAACGUGGCGGGACAAGCGCUGGCCUGGAACUUCAUCAGAGCGCACUGGACAUACGUCCAGUGGGACUCGGUCAUGCUGGUGGACGCAGUGACCCGCAGGUUCUCCACGCCGUUUGAACUGACCGAGCUGGAGCGCUUCGGGGAGGACUACCACCUGGGUGCUGCCACCAUGGCGGUGGUGCAGGCCGUCGAGCAAACCCGGGUCAACAUCCAGUGGGUCAGCGAGAACAAAGACGGCGUCCUGCAGUGGUUCGAGAGUGAAACGGCUUCGUAGGGAGCGUUUAGAUCUCGUUGUUGGUGCCUCACAGAUCUCCUGCUAACUAACUCAACUAAAUCCCCCCCGGGACCGAUUCCAGUACCACCGCACAAGAACCCGCUCCCCUCAAAGCGACAAAGUAAUCAACCAAUAGGACAUUUAAUUCCUUCAAUAAAGACAACUGAUCCGUAGUGUUGUGCCGAGAGACGUGUGGCACCUCAGUGAAGACACAGUAGUUUAUACACUAUAUUAUACAAUAUAUUAUUGCUAUUGCAACAGAUUUCUUCUCCGUUGUUUUUGCACACGACGCUGGUCCACCAUCAAUGUUAAGAGUUGUAUACUUGAAAAUGUUUGAGAAUAAAUUAUAACAUGUAUUUGUCAGAAUCUUUUAAAAUUGUUAUCAAUGUAUUUGGAAGGUUAAAAAUCUGAGCCCAAGGACAGAUUCCCCCAAUUGUUCCAGGAACACGUCCACAUGUUGUAAUCAAGGAACCAAAUCAGCGUUAUAUGGUACUAGCAGUUAUUUAACAAAAUAAAACACUGAAAUUUGA